AUGAAGGAAGUUGAAGAGGCUCGACUGAAGGCAGAGGAGGCAGACAAGAAGGCGAAAGCUGAGUUUGAGAGAAGGGUACAAGAAGAGAUCGCGAAGAGAAUUGCUCAGGAAGCAAAACCUACUGUUGCCCUAACUCAGCCUCCUAUCAAAUUCAAGGAUGCUGUUGGCAGAAGAUUCAGCUUUCCUUUCCAUCUAUGCAAGGCCUGGCAGGGCAUGGAAGGACUCAUCAAGCAGGCAUUUCUGAACGUAGACAUUAUUGGCGACUAUGUCAUGGAAGGCCGGUAUGAUCUGCUCAAUUCCGAAGGAAUCAUCAUAUUGCCCAGCUAUUGGGAAACUGUCAUCCAACCU